ACACGUUGCUUAAACCAAUGGUGGCAGCUUACCACUAGGAAGAGCAAGUACUAAUUGUGUAUGCUCUAGGAGCGAUACAUUUGAGUUUGUUUUGAUUUGAAACCUAAGCAACAUUUAAUUAUACAAUGCGGCUGGGAGGCGCGCUCCGUUGCCGCAGCGUGAUGAGGCAACAAUAUGUGCCACAGCACAAGCCAGCGCUGGAGGAUGAUAUAAAGCGCUUAGAGGAUUUUCUGCUAUCAAAACCAAAUAUUUUGGUACUGACUGGCGCUGGCAUCUCAACAGAAUCAGGCAUACCCGACUAUCGGUCCGCCGGCGUUGGCCUCUAUGCCCGCACCAACCACAAGCCCAUCCAGCACAUGGAGUUUCUUAAGUCCAUCAAUGUGAGGAAGCGUUAUUGGGCCCGCAACUUUGUCGGUUGGCCCAAUUUCUCGAGCACUCAGCCAAAUGCCACACAUCAUGCACUGGCUCGAUUUGAGCGGGAGGCACGGGUUCAAUCGGUGGUCACACAGAACGUGGAUCGACUGCAUACGAAAGCCGGCUCCAAGGGAGUCAUUGAACUGCAUGGCAGCGGUUAUGUGGUCAAGUGCUUGAAGUGCGAUUAUCGCAUUGAUCGUCAUGAGUUCCAAAGCAUACUCAGCUCAUUGAAUCCGGCGUUUAAGGAUGCUCCGGACAUGAUACGACCCGAUGGUGAUGUGGAAAUCCCAUUAGAAUAUAUUGACAAUUUUGUAAUACCCACUUGUCCGAGCUGUGGCGGUGAUCUCAAGCCGGAAAUUGUCUUUUUUGGCGAUAAUGUGCCCAGACAGCGACUGGACACGAUUGCUGGCAUGGUCUACAAUAGCGAUGGCCUUCUCGUUCUCGGCUCCAGUCUCCUCGUCUUCUCCGGCUAUCGCAUUGUGCUGCAGACCAGAGAUCUGAAGCUACCAGUGGCAAUCGUCAACAUUGGAGAGACGCGUGCCGAUCACUUGGCGGACAUCAAGAUCUCGGCCAAGUGCGGCGAUGUGAUACCCAAGCUCUUUGACUACAGAAACAAGGCGCAGUCAUCUUAGCUAUUAGAAUUUUUAAAAAUUAUUAAAUAAAAUAUUUGUUGAUUUUAUUCAUAAAAAGAA